CCGCUUUAAGUCCACCCAGUCGAGAAGCCGCUGCAAAUUCGAGUCUCUCUCCAAACGGUUCAGGACAAACUCAGAGGCGUAACGAGUUGAUGUGAUCCAAGAUUGGCGAGUAUUCCGCAAGUGUUCGACGGCUCAACGAGCGGGAAUCGUCAGUUUGGGGAACAUGCCUUUUGCAAAAGGGAACCGAGCUCCGCUGACUGUCGCCAGCAAAAUCCCCAAAGUGAUCGGUUGCAAGAAGCGGGACGCGAAAGGUCCCGACGUCCAGGGGUCCGAUUCGGCUUCUCGCGGAGCCCCCGAGAAGAGGAAGGCCUUCGUCGACAUCAGCAAUGGAAGUUCUUCUCUAAUAGGCGGGCUUCAGUUCCGAGUAGCCAGCAAUGAGCUCGUGUGGAUGUCGAUUCCCAGGAAGCGCUCCCUCAAGUCCACCCCUCCAAAUAAGGCUCAUAAAGUUCAGAUCAGCUUCCCAGGCAGGAAGAAGAACUGUGCCAAGAAGCAGGGGAAGAAAACAAGCGUCCCCGGAGAGUCCGAGAAGAGCAGAGCAGAGCGGCAAGGUUCGGAGGCAAAAGAAGCAUCUGAAACCCCCGAUGAGGGGGAGGGAGACGAAUCCGCCCCGGCAGGAGAGGCAGCAGAUUGCCACGUGCCGCCUCUCUUCCCGAAAGCCCAGAUUCCAGCGGAGUUCGACGUGGACUCCGAGCACCACGACGAUUUCCUCAUGUGUCCCGAGUACGCCAAGGAAGUCUUUGACUACCUGAAAAGCCGAGAGGAGAAGUUUGCGCUGUGCGACUACAUGGCCCGGCAGCCCAACAUCAACAGUGAGAUGCGGGCAGUCCUGGUGGACUGGCUGGUGGAAGUACAGGAGAACUUCGAGUUGUACCACGAGACUCUCUACCUGGCCGUGAAGCUGACUGACCACUACCUGUCCCGGAACGCCAUCCGCCACGAGACGCUGCAGCUGGUGGGCGCCACCGCGAUGCUGCUCGCCUCAAAGUUCGAGGAGCGCGACCCGCCAUGCAUGGACAAUUUUGUCUAUAUUUGCGACGACGCGUACACGCAGCAGCAGUUCCGCUUCAUGGAGGAGCGCAUCCUCCGAGCGCUCUCCUUCGACAUUGGCAUCCCCGUCCCCUACAGCUUCCUGCGCCGCUACGCCAAGUGCGCCGGCGUCGGCAUGGACACGCUGACUCUGGCACGAUACUUCUGCGAGCUGAGCCUGAUGGACGUGGAGCUGGCGCUGGAACGGGCCUCGCUGCUGGCGGCCGCCUGCCUGCUGCUGGCCCUGUGCACCAAACAUCUGUCGGGAUGGUCGCCCAUCCUGAAGUUCCACAGCGGCUAUGGAAUAACGGAGGUGGCGCCGGUGGUCCGGAAGCUUUACGCCGUCGUGGCGCAGCCCCCCAACGACAAGCUGAAGGCCGUCCGCAGCAAAUACUCCCACGCGGUCUUUUUCCAAGUCGCCUCCCUGCCUUUAGUCGACUUUGACGUUUUGGAGAAGACUUUAUCGGCCUGGACGUCAGCACGACAGUCACCCCAAGUUCCCUCGGGUGCAUACUUGUAAAUAAGUUUAUUUAUACAUUUUGUUUGUAUGUUUUAUACAGUGUUGCAAAAAAAGUUCAUUUGUUUUAAACACUUUUGUGUUUUUACCACAGAAAAGUGUCAUUCAGUUUGUCAUUUUCUGGUGGCUCUUGUUUUAUUGUAAUGUGAACUUUAAACAGCUACGAUGCCAGUUCUUAAAAUAAAGUUUUUUGUAUGUUUCAUAAAUCUCUGCA